GAAAAAACAAACCUUACAGAGGAGUCAAGAGAGCCAAGGGAACCUUGCCAUGUCCGCGUCACCUCGAAGGGGCCUGGGGCUGGCUGCGCUGGUUUUCGUGCUGGGCUUGAAGAACAGCUUUGUCUCAGAGGCACCGCAGUCUCGACCAGAGGGGCGUGUUGCCUUGAAGGCGAAGAAGGAACAGAACGUUUUCGAAGCUGCGGCAGACUUUCUGAAGCCUCGCUAUGGCAAGGGAACCGAGCGCGUCUUGCCGUCAAAUGCUGAAAUGAUCGGCACGCUAAAGAUUGUCUACGAGGUCACCCUCCCAAAGCCUCUGGGCAUCACCCUGGCUGAUGCCCCUCGUGGAGCAGGAUUUGGCGUCGGCGUGGAGGACGUUGUCAGUGGCGGCAAUGCGGCCAAGCUCUUGCAGGAGGUCCUCAACGGCAAGGAUUCCAUGUGGAUCCAGGAGGGCGAUGAGCUUGAAGCGGUGAACGACGUGCCCACCGAUGGGUUCCAGGACAAGGCGGUCAGCCUGAUCCAAGAAUCCGGCGAUACAGUGAAGUUGCAGCUGUCGCGGCCUCGCAAGGGCUUCAUCCAGGUUGUAUUUCCAGAUGGAAAGUCUGCGACGUCACCACGGGCUGCGAUACUGAAAAGACUUGCUGAGAAGGUGGGCUACAACAGUGGCUGCACAUGCACUGAUGGCAGAUGCGGCAAGUGCUGGCACAGAGACCCGAUCACAAAAGAAGUCUACGUGCUUCCCCUGAACUGUGCUGGGCUGGUCCCCUCGGUGUGGCGAAGGUCAGAUGAGGAUGGUGCCAGGCCUGGGGAGGCUGAUUUCGAAUGCUGGAUCCCUUUGAAACUGGAGAAGGCGCCGGAGGAGUUUGACAAGGCCCUCAAGGAGGAAGCCGAAGCUAGCAAGCAACAAGGGUACUGAGAUGUUGCCCGAUUUUCUGGACCCAUUUGCGGACUCCAUUUUUUCCAAGCGGAG